UUGAGUAGUGUCAGAAAACACCUCAAACUGCAUUUUCUCCCUUGGUCUGGAAAGAGUUUAGUUUGCGUUUCUUUCUUCUUGAGUGACCCAGCUCCAAGAAGUUGCCACUUCUGGAGAAAGGACAGGACUCUCAACUUAGCCUGGCAGUGAGGAUAUGAAUGGCAGCUGGGAUGACCCAACAGGGGGUUAAUGUUUGGGCUAUUGUGUGUCAUACUGACCCUGACCAGCCAUGUAGUCAGAGCCCCCACAAGCUCUUCCUGCCUGUCAGAUGCCUCAUUCCCACCUGUGAUGCUCAGAGAGAAACCAUGAGCUCUGAAAAACACCAUAUUGUUUUGUGAUGUCACCUCUGGAGUGUUCUGAGUGUUUUGGUGACCAAGUUCUGCAUAGGACCUAUACCUGGCAACUCACAUUGAACUCAAAGCCAAAUUUUACAAGAAAAAGAGAUCCCAGAUCGGAAAGCCUAGAAAUCCCAAUCAAUGUGGUUCUACCUCAGAGGGGCGCAGCGGAGCCCUUCCUGAGGCUCCACAACUCGUACAGCCCCGCUGGCUGCGCGCGGCAGGCCGCCCUGCCCCGGCUGAGCCGCCGGGUGGCGAGCCAGCACUCCUACCCGCUGAACCGCUUCUCCUCCGUGCCCUUAGACCCCAUGGAGCGCCCCAUGUCCCAGGCCGACCUGGAGCUGGACUACAACCCGCCGCGGGUGCAGCUCAGCGAUGAGAUGUUCGUGUUCCAGGACGGGCGCUGGGUGAACGAGAACUGCCGCCUGCAGUCUCCCUGCUUCUCCCCCUCGGCCUCCUUCCACCACAAGCUGCACCACAAGAGGCUGGCCAAGGAGUGCGCGCUGCAGGAGGAGAACAAGUCUGUGCGGGAGGAGGCCAAGACCCUGCGCGAGGAGACCAGGCUGCUGCGCGAGGAGACCAGGCUGCUGCGCGAGGAGACCAGGCUGCUCCUCAAGGAGAACAAGCUCCUGCAGGUCUUCUGGGAGGAGCACAAGGCCUUGCGGGGCCGGGAGGAGAGCCGGGCCCCCUCGCCACUGCUGCAGAAGGACAGCGCGUCUCCGGAGGGGGUGAAGAAGGACCACGCCGCCCUGCAGGGGCCCCGCGGCAAGGAGGACAGCACCCUGCAGCUCCUCCGGGAGGAGAACCGCGCGCUGCAGCAGCUGCUGGAGCAGAGACAGACCUACUGGGCCCAGGCGGAGGACGCGGCCGCCCCCGCCGAGGAAAGCAAGCCCGCCCCCUCGCCCCACGAGGAGCCCCGCAGCCCCGGGCUGCUGCAGGACCAGGGCUCCUGCCUCUCCUCCCCCUUUGAGGAGCCCAAAGGGCCCCUGGCGGCGCAGGAGGACUCCAAGGCGAUGCGCACCCUGCGGGAGAUGGUCGGUAACCUGUCCGGGCCCUCCGGGGAGGAGGACGCCAAGGCGGGCCCGGGCCUGCCCGACGACUGCCAGCCCCUGCAGCUGCUGAGAGAGAUGAGCCAGGCGCUGCAGGCCCUGCGCGAGGAGAACCGGCUCCUGCAGGAGGAGAACAGGGCCCUGCAAAUGCUGCGGGAGGAGCGCCGGGGCUUCCUGGAGGAGAACAAGGCCCUGUGGGAGAACAACAAGCUGAAACUGCAGCAGAAGCUGGUCAUCGAUACCGUGACCGAGGUCACCGCGCGCAUGGAGAUGCUCAUCGAGGAACUCUACGCCUUCAUGCCGGCCAGGAGCAAGGACCCCAAGAAGCCCAGCAGGGUCUGAGGUCUCCACCGUGCCCCGGGACGCCGAGUGUGGGACACCGAACUCUAGGCGAAAGAGAAUCCCCUGCCUUUCUUUGUGGUCCUCGCCUUCCCCCACCAGUUCGUGCCGAUUGAAAAGCAGCGUUAGCAGCCUUCCUCGACUCAGAGUAGUAAUAAAGAUGUGAGGAGGCUGGGGCCAAUUGACACCA